UGUCCCUGCAGAAGAGAGCCAGAUACUUUGACAAUGAAUUUUGACCAGAAAGCUGUGAAAUUCCUGGCGAAUUUUUACAUCAGUGGAGGCCAGCACUGGACUCAUGGUUCCCUGAGGCAGAGGCCACUUGUGCCAGCCCGGCCCAAGGCUACUGUGUUCUUGUGGGGCCCCCAGCCAGGGGCCCCCGGGGAGAUGUGGCCCCCGGGAGUGCAGGAGCUCCAGGCUGGCCUCAGGACGGAACCGGGCUUCCUGCAGGAGCACCCGCCUAUCUGCGCCCAGAACCGGAGGGAGCUGUGGCUGGAACGACGCCCACCCAUCGUGACCGACCUGCAGACCCCCGGCCCCACCAAGUACCCGGUGCCGGACGCUUCCGUGCGCGAGUCCUCUCCGCAUCCCCACUUCAGCAUCGGCCGCAGACUCCGCACCCGCGAGGGCGGUGGCCGCAGGGCGUGGCAGACCUUGUGGUUCCAGAGCGAAAGCCCCUUCACGCAGAAGGCCGACUUUAACCAAGAGCAAAAGUGGCCAUCACCCGCGGACUACCAGCCACUCAUCCCGCUUGCCUUCCCGGCUUUCAGCUGUGGGGUCCGCCGCCCCUCUUCCAAGACAGUUGAGGCCCCCGCCCGCCCUGGGCUGCCGCGGGCCGGGGGUGCGGGUCACCGUCCCCAGCCCCAGCUUCAGGGCCCUCCACAGGCCCCGCGGGACAAGAAGCUUCCCGGCCCUAACACCUACGACAUCUUUCCUGGGUGCCGCCUGCAGAACCCGCGCCCGCCCGCCUUCUCCAUGAGCCGCUCACCGGCCUUCGCCUCCUGGCUCAGUUCCUCCCGCAGUCCCGGCCCAGCUGCCCACCACGUGGAGGGUUGCUCUAACUGGCGCUUCCCCGCUGCGCCGAGAGUGGUGAUCCAGGGUGUCCGAAGACCCAAGCGCCAUGACACGGGACCCUUCUGCACUGUGUAGCGCCACCUCUGCACAGCUGGCCACCCGCUUAUUCACAGAACCCUGGUUUCCUUGGGGGCCUUCCCAGGCCUGCCUGGAACUAAGGGCCUCCCCCUCGGCCUUUUGACUCUGUGGGUGUCUCUGACCCACCCUCCUGGCUGACCAACCCCUCUGUGAGCUGCGGACAUUGAGGACAGUCUAGCCCAAAGCCCAUCUAUCCCCCCCCCCCCCCCCAAUACAGAGAUGCUGAAGGUUCUUCCCGACUCUGCUGUGUGCUUGACUGGUGAGCUGUCCCACAGAUGUGGCCUGCUGCUGACCUGUCAUGUUUGGUUUUCCUUGCCCAGGGGUCUCCCUCUGCUUCCCCUUUGGUGCCCUCUACUCUAGGGCAGGUAGGGUGGCAGCCUGGGGCUUCCUGGCUGGGGACUGCACGGGAGGGGACCCAGUGGGCAAUACAAGACACCUCCACCCAGGUGUGCUACUCAAGGGACUGGCCAAGCUGCCAGUGUACCCAAGGAUCAGUUGUCAUCUUGAGGUGAGGUCGGCCUGCCCCACGACCAGGGAGGGUGCAGAGGACCAGCUGGUUCUCCACUUCUUCGGCUCCUGCCCAAAGACCCUGUGAACUUGCCCAGGGCUGUGUAGGCCAUACCACAGCCAGCAGACUUUCUGGGCCUUCACUUGUUAGGGUCCUGCCUCUGCCCACAGGAGCAGCCUACCUUUCUACCAAGGGGUUGCCUCCCUUAAGGGCCUCACCUGCAGCUGGGGCGGCUCCUGUCCCUGCACCAGUUCCUCCAGGGUUCCUUCCUGUGCCACCCAUGUGAUGGGCCAGAGCCUGACCCCUUCAAAAAGGCACUGCAACAGUUGAUGCUGUGGUGUGGACAUCAUUCCAUCCAGCAGAGAGGCCAAAGCCAGGGGGUCUGAGUGCAAUUUACCUGUCACCUCCUCUAGAGCUCAAUUUGGACGUUGAGCCGCAGCAUCCCUGGGAAUUAGAGCAGUGGCAUGGCAGAUGGCCAUCCUUAGGCCCGGGGCUGACCAGCUCAGCCUGCAGGCAACAGAGGCAGAGCCAUAGAAGGCCUGGCCUUGGGAGCUUGAUUCAGGGGAAAGAGGGUGGAAAGCAACCCCCAGGGCUCAAAGCCACGAGUGGGACCAGCAGGAAGGAGCACUGCCCUCCAGCUGGGCUGAAGAGGGAGGGCUUCCUGGAGGAGGUAGCAGGGGAAGUGACUUUUAAAGAUGACCAGGAGUUUGCUGGGCAGUAGGAAGGGGAUUUCUAGCAGGAAGAACCUCAGAAGACAAAAAGGGAGAGGGGUGAUGUUUGGUGUGGCCAAACCCGGGAGGACACAGGGCUGUUUGGGGGGAGAGGGGAGCUGGUGGGCUGAGAGGCCGCAGAGCGCUGAGUGCUGGGUCCAGGGGCUUGAACACGUAGCAGAGAGGAGCCCAAGGAGAGUGCCCAUCAGGCGGUGCCCACUCACGAUGCCCAGCUUCUUGCAUUGCAAGGGACAAGGGACACCAUAAAACCUGAGCCUUGAAUUCGCAGUGUGUCAGGAUGGACGAAUCAGCCUGAGGGCCACCCGCCUUGGGUUAGCCUUGGGCUUGGAUAUUCACUGUGAUGAGUGAGGACACCUGUUCUUGUCCCGAUCUCACUCUGUCCCCCAGGUCUCCAGUGGGUCUCCGCUCGGCGCCUCCGGAAGCAC